AUGAAGCUGAAUCAAUGGCAUUUGUUAAUGGUGUUUGUGCUGCUCCAUAGGGUGACAGGGAUCAAUGUAACGCUCAACAAUGGUGGGUUUGAAAAUGUCAUUAUUGCAAUUAACCCUGGGAUACCUGAAGACACUAAAAUCAUUGACAACAUAAAGGAUAUGGUUCAGGAGGCAUCUUCUUAUCUCUUCAGUGCUACACAGCAAAGGUUUUAUUUCAAGUCUGUAAAAAUUAUAAUUCCUUUGACAUGGACACCCAAGCCUGAAUAUAAAAGAGUUACCACAGAAUCCUAUGACAAGGCUCAUGUCAUAGUAGCCGACCCUUUCCUAAAAUAUGGAGAUGACCCAUACACCUUGCAGUAUGGAGGGUGUGGUGAACCAGGACGCUAUGUUCAUUUUACAUCUAACUUCCUGACAAAUGACAGUAUGCAUGAUGUUUAUGGACCACGAGGCAAAGUCUUAGUCCAUGAGUGGGCUCAUCUCAGAUGGGGUGUCUUUGAUGAAUACAACAACGAUGCACCUUUCUAUACUACCGGAGUAAACCAGGCGGAAGCAACAAGAUGCUCAGCAGCUAUCACUGGACAGUAUAUAUUUCGACUUAAUACAGGAGCUACCAGGAAGUGUAAAUUCGAAUACCGAACACAGCUUUAUGAGCCUGGAUGUCAGUUUAUUCCAGACAAAACACAAACCUCUUCAGCAUCUAUAAUGUACAUGCAAAGUGUGUCUUCAGUCACACAGUUCUGUGAUAAAAAUAGUCACAACAUCAAGGCAACAAAUAUGCAGAACAAACAGUGCAACUUCAGAAGCACCUGGGAAGUCAUUACGGACUCCUCUGACUAUGCCAGUUCAUCCCCAAUAAAUUCUCCUCCAUCCGCACCCGCAAUCUCAUUGCUGCAAACACAUGACAGAGUUGUAUGUUUAGUAUUAGAUGUUUCUGGGAGUAUGGCUUCGUACAAUCGCAUUAAUCGGCUGAAGCAAGCUGCAGAACUAUUUCUUCUCCAGAUUAUUGAAAUGGGAUCCUGGGUUGGAAUUGUAACUUUUCACAGUAUUGCCUUAAGGCAGACCGGUUUACGGCAGAUUACCAAUGAUGCUGUGCGGGAAUCUCUUAAAAACAAUCUUCCUACUACAGCAAGUGGAGGAACUAACAUCUGUGCUGGAGUGCGUGAAGGAUUUCAGGUGUUUUUAGAGAAAUACACAAGUACAGAAGGCUGUGAAAUUGUGCUCUUGACCGAUGGAGAAGAUUCAGGUGUAAGCUCUUGUUCUGCUGAAGUUCAAAGGAGUGGGUCAAUAAUUCAUACCAUUGCUUUGGGACCAAGUGCUGCAAAAGAACUGGAAAUGUUGGCAGACAUGACUGGAGGCUUGAAAUUUUCUGCCACUGAUAGUCUGGAUUCCAACGGCCUCAUUGAUGCUUUCAGUAGAAUUUCAUCUGGAAGUGGAGAUAUCAGUCAACAAUCUAUUCAGCUGGAAAGCAAAGGAGAAACCAUCAAGCGCUUAGCGUGGCUGGAUGGAACUGUGUCCAUUGAUAAUACUGUGGGAAAUGAUACUUUCUUCGUAGUUACAUGGAGCAUAGCCAACUACCCACCAGGGAUUCUUAUAACAUCUCCCAAAGGGAAGAAAUAUACUCAGGCUAACUUUGAAAUCGAUAGCACCAAUGUCAGAACAGCUCGACUCAAGAUUCCUGGAACUGCUGAGGCAGGAGAUUGGACUUAUUCUGUUCAGAAUACACACUCAACUGAACAAGUCCUUUCAAUAACAGUCACCUCCCGGGCAGCAUCUGCAUCUGUGCCUCCAGUGACUGUGAAGCCUUAUAUGAACAGAGAUGACAACAACUAUCCCAAUCCAAUUGUCAUUUAUGCAGAAGUCAGCCAGGGAUUUUUGCCCGUUGUUGGUGCAAAUGUCACUGCUACAGUUGAAUCCCAAUCUGGUAAAUCUGUAGAGCUAGAACUAUUUGAUGAUGGUUCAGGAGCUGAUAUUCUGAAGUUUGAUGGAAUCUACUCAAGAUGCUUCACAGCUUUCACAGAAAACGGCAGAUACAGCAUCAAAGUGCGUGUCCAAGGAAAAGACAAUAUUGUCAGACGAGUUCGGAGGCAGAGUCAUGCUCUCUAUGUACCGGGUUAUGUGGAAAAUGGUGUAAUAAAACUGAAUGCACCCAAACCUGAACCUAGUGAGGAUGAUAUCCAGGCAAAUCUUGGAAGUUUCAGCAGAACAACAUCAGGAGGCUCUUUUGUCAUGACUGGAGUUCCUCCUGGAAUCCCCCCAGAUGUCUUCCCACCAAGUAAAAUCACCGAUCUUGAGGUAGAACUCAAUGAGGACGACGUAUUCCUUUUGUCCUGGACAGCUCCUGGGAAUGAUUAUGAUUCAGGAAAAGCUGAAAGAUAUGAAAUAAAAACGAGUACUAACCCGUUGGAACUAAGAGAUGCCACCUUUAAUAGUGCUACCUCUCUGAACACAUCUGGUCUGACACCUGAAGUGGCUGGAGCCAAACAAUCCCUUAUUUAUAAGCCAGAAGAGUUCCCCAAAGAAAACGGCACCUCCAUCUACUUUGCCAUCCGUGCCAUUGAUGACAGCAACAAUGUUGGAGAAGCAUCUAAUAUUGCAAGAGCAGUUUUGCUGUUUGCUUCAUUGCCUCCUACUCCUGUUCCUGAGAAAAAUGACAAGAUUUUAAAUCAGGUUACUAUUAUUGUGAUCAUAGUCUGCGCUUCGAUAAUUGUUAUUUGUGCCAUUAUUAGCAUAACAAUAUGCUGUUUACAUAAGAAAAAACCAAGACAUCAUGAAACUGGUAUGUAA